AUGGCAAGUCAGGCGGCCGUGGUCGCGGUGGAUAUUACGGAUAAGAUAACCAAAGCGGCUUCGACAUUACCACCGGGUGAACUGAUCAUGGACCCUAAGAUGGAUAGCGCCGUUGAUGACCCUCACGACGAACUCGGGGAGCUAUACGACGUGAAAAGGGAGCUUCUGCCAGAUGAGGUUCUUGGUAUUAUGGACCAGCUGCUGUGUCACGAGAUGGCAUGGCAUCUCGGCUACCCCUUGUCGCAGACUCUUUUCACGUGCGUCUAUAUCGAAGAGAUCCUCAUGCCUGCGCCCGAGUCUAUAAAUCAGGCCGACUUCAUUCGGAACGCUCCUCCCAACUCUGGGCGCCCGAUGCUGUCCGAAAUCCUUCGGGCAUACUGCGUCGGUGUGCUGAAAACCUGUUCAUUCGUUGCUCGCCGCAUAAAAGGCGAGUCCUACUACGAGGAGGAAGAUUUUGUAAGCAACACAUACAACCGCACCCUCCUCGAUUCCAUCGACCUGGAGGAUAUCCUUGAUUGCCUGGAAAACGCAAUGUCCCUCGUGGGCUCGUUGACAGACCCUCUGCCGUCUGAGGUUGCCGAAGCCCUUAACGCCAGGCUCAUGCUAAGGGAUGCCUUCCUUCGCGCAGUCGUUGCCUCAGAGGAUACCGCAGACCAUAGUGGCAUUCGUGAAGCAUGGACACGAGCUAACGAGGCCCUGGUCCGCUUUAAAUCCACAACAUCAGUGCCUGUCACUAAAGUUGCCGAUUCGUUCAGCAUAAAGAUACAGCAGAAACUUGCGAGCACGAUGCCACCGAGGCCGAUUGUAAAGCUAAGCUUCACCGAAGCCACGGGCCAUCUUACGCGGUUGCUUGAAGACGGCCUUAAGGCGGUGGAUAUUACGGAUUAUUCGGACCCUCAUUCUCUUCUGGGACUCAUCUUUAAUGAUAUGGUCAUACUCGGCAAUAAGAGCAUGCGGCAGGUAUUAGAUGACGACUUCUCAAUGCUCAUCAUGUCCUGGAGUGUCCUGCUGGACCGCUCGUAUGAUGAGGUCGAGGCCGUUCACGAUCCUCGGUUUCAGAUAGCUCAGCAUAUGGAGAAGUUCCGUCAAAAAGCGGCGCCCAUCUACUUUGAAAUCCCACGAGUAUUGUGUCUAAACAAGUGUAGGGUACGCCGAACACUUGUUCACCUCGUGCGAGAGUGGGACUAUCUUCAUGGCGAGGCUGAGCAGCUCGACCAGACCUUAUCCCAACUCACCGGAGAAGAGCCCUCCAUGAUUAGUCUACCAGGAAACGCGCCGAUGCCAAUGCUCUCCCUCCCGCUUUCAUCGUGGGCCUGCCUUCACAAACUUCGACUGAUGAAUUGGAUCGUUCAGCUUGGGUUCGAGCUGGACGUUUACCAGAACGACGAGUUGGCGUCCAUGUACUGGUAUCUAAACUACUUGAGUAAGCAGCGCUACCAGCUCCUCGAGCGCGCAAAAGCCUUUGUCGACGUGUACGCGAGGAAGCCGAGGAGCCAGCGAAGGGUGCAAGCAGAUCCUCGUGUCAUAGAGUCAUUAGCCUUCCUACGCUUCAGCAUCAUCGAAACCGCGAUCAUCUGGGAUCUAUCCGACGGCCUGACCUGUUUAUACACAGCUCUCCUCCGCCUGAAACUAAUAAAACCACCGCCUCGGCCGUAUAGCACUGACGAAUUGCGGUAUGAGCUCCGCAUGCGACCCUUUUCCGCGAUUGGUGUACCGGAGACGAUCCCUUACCAGCUUUUCAAGGAGUCGGUAGAACAAAUCGACGUGCCGACGGACGAAUUGCUUGAAAAAGCCGCGAAGGCCGCGGCGAGCGCGAGGAAGAGCUUGGAGGCCGUCUCAAAAUUUGAUCCGGCGCUCACAUUCUCCGGGAUGGGGUACAAAGCUUGGCUGGACGGAGCGAAGAACGCGCUCAAGUCGUGCAUCGCGAUGAGUGUGGUGGCGGCUAGUCUGCGGAAGAUGGUGGAGGCGGCGGGUCCUGAUGGGGAAAUCAAGGCCAAGGUAGAAAUUCCCGAGGCAAGUCGGGCGUAUCACGAGUGGUGGAUCGUGCCAAAAGUCAUACCCCUGUAA